AGAUUGUGAACUACGAGUUUGACACCAAGGAUCUUUUCUGCCUGGCCUUGAGCAGCGUUGUGGGUGUCUGGUACCUGCUGAGGAAGCACUGGAUUGCCAACAACCUCUUCGGCCUGGCCUUCUCUCUCAACGGGGUGGAACUGCUGCACUUAAACAACGUCAGCACGGGUUGCAUCCUCCUUGGAGGCCUCUUCAUCUACGAUGUCUUUUGGGUCUUUGGCACCAACGUGAUGGUGACCGUGGCCAAGUCAUUCGAAGCCCCCAUCAAACUGGUUUUCCCCCAGGAUCUGCUGGAGAAGGGCCUGGAAGCCGACAACUUCGCCAUGCUGGGCUUAGGAGACAUUGUCAUUCCCG